CGCUCCAGCCUUUCCCUCAAAGCCUGCAGGAGCCUCUCUCCCCACGGCUUCUCGGCACAGGACAGGGAGGUCGCGGCUCCGGACCACGGCGAGACCAUGCGGCGCCUGCUCGUUCUCUCCAUCCUGGCAGCGCUGGCCGUGGCAGCUCUGUGCUAUGAAUCACAUGAAAGCAUGGAAUCCUAUGAAAUUAGUCCCUUCAUUAACAGAAGAAAUGCUAAUACCUUUAUAUCCCCACACCUGAGAUGGAGAGCGAAGGCCCAAGAGAGGGUCCGCGAGCGCACCAAGCCUGCCUACGAGCUCAGCCGGGAGGCCUGCGACGACUACAAGCUCUGCGAACGCUACGCGCUGGUCUACGGCUACCCCGCGGCCUACAACCGCUACUUCCGGCAGCGCCGCGGGGGCAAGUGAGGGGCCACAAGGUCCUUCCCGCCAGACCCCCGGGCCUGGCGCCUGCGCAGAUACCUGGGACUUGCUUUUGCUCCUGAAAUGUUCUUGUCUGGCUGCACCCGCUUCCCUGCCCCCAGAUUAAGUCCUGGAAGUCGAGAGGGAGUGGAGGGCCCCAUGUAUUGACGACACAAUAAACUUUUUGGUUG